AUGGAUAGAGAACAAGAAGAAUUGCAAUUUCUUGGCCUCUUUGGCAUCUUCAAAGAAAGCUACAAAAUCAUAGUAUCAUGGAGAAAAAUCUUUGCCCAAAUCACCCUAACCCUCAUCCUCCCUCUAACCUUCAUCUUCUUAGCACAUAUCGAGAUCUCGCAUUCGCUAUUCAAAGACAUCAAACACACCGAAUUCGAAAAAGAAAUCACACGCCCCGGUACAAAAAGGUACAACAAUCUCUCUGACACGCUCUCGUCUGAAUGGAUCACUUUUUGGCUCUUCAAGGUCGCCUACUUCACCGUACUCCUAAUCUUGUCCCUUCUGUCGACAGCUGCAGUCGUCUACACGAUUGCAUCUAUCUACACUGGACGUGAGUUGACUUUCAAGAAAGUCAUGAGCGUCGUCCCAAAGGUUUGGAAAAGACUCAUGGUCACGUUCUUGUGCAUGUUUGCGGCUUUCUUUGUUUACAACUUCUUCGCAGCAUCCAUCAUAGUUAUAUGUUUUGUGAUUUUACCUAAUAGCGUAGUCAGCGCCAUUAUUUUAUACGUGGUCUUGAUCGUAUACUUGAUGGGGUUCGUGUACAUGACUGUGAUUUGGCAACUAGCAAGCGUGGUCUCGGUUCUAGAGAGCUCGUAUGGGAUUAAAGCUAUGACAAAGAGCAUGGAUUUGAUCAAGGGAAACCGAGUGGUUGCGGUUGCAAUUUUCUUUUUGCUUAAUUUAUCAUUAGGACUCAUACAAUUCCUAUUCAGUUUGAUGGUUGUGCACGGGAGCUCGUAUCAGGCAUGGAAGCGUGUCGGAUUUGGCGUUUUAUGUUUCGUACUGCUUCUGGCUUUAUUUCUUUUCGGCCUCGUGAUCCAAACGAUUCUCUAUCUCGUUUGCAAGUCAUACCAUCAUGAAAACAUCGAUAAAGGCGAUUUAUCGAACCAUCUCGAAAGUUAUCUAGGCGAGUAUGAACCUCUUAAUGGGAAAGAGGUUCAAUUAGAGCAAUAUGAUGUUUGA